AUGUUUAGUUUUUCCAAUGCCCAACAACCCUCUCUUAAUUGUACCUUCGUUCCGAGCCCUUCUUCCUUCUCCAAUCCCUACGAAUCUUCUUCUCUCUCAGCACCUCCAAAAGGAGCAUGCAAAGGUCCUCUCCAUCGAACGCUCUCCUCACGACUCGUUGCUCCCAAACUCAACUUGGGUUGUCCGCUCCAUUUACUCCCUUAUUACAAACCUGGAAGUGUUGAAAUUCAAUGUGGAGAGUGUAUUCCAGGAACGAGUGGGAGUGGUGUCUCUUUCAAUUCUCUCCAUUACUUGCAAUGUAAAGCCAAUGAAUAUUGCAAUGAUGAUGCUAAAUGCACUCCGCUGAAACAACAUCCGCUCUAUAUGAAAUCAUGUCCGUAUGAAAUCUUGCUUCAUUCUCAACAGAGGUCGGAUUUGGAGGGUGUUCCUUCGUUUUGUGGAGGUUCUGGAUUGGUCUGUAUUGAACAUGUUUGUAAAAUGUGUCGAGAAGGAGAUAUUGAUUACAAUACUGGUGUGAAAUGUAUUUUGGGAGAGUGGAGUUAUGCAUCAUGGGUGGACUCUACGUUGGAACCUUCACCUCUGAUCUUGUUUGCACUGAGUGGAAUGACCUUAUUGUAUGUGUUGGUUGUGAACUUGUUGUGUCGAGGCGGAUUGAAAUUGACUUCCAAAGUGUUGCACAAUUAUUCGAGGGAGAAGAAGUUGAGAAAUGUGAUCAAGUUGACGAGUGAAUUUAUCAAGACUUUGGAAAGUGAGAAUCAACAUGAAAAAUUAGAAGAGAAUGAUAAUGAUCAAGUGAAGUAA